GGUGGUUAAAAUACCAGUAACACGUGGGGAGGCCAGGGAGAUUUCUGUGGUGUGGGGCAGUGAGGUGUGGUGACCAUAGGCAUGUGGCUGUGGGAUCCAGUCUCAAGAACGAUGUGUCCUUGGAGAGGGAGUAUGCCUGAUUGACGCCAGGGCCCUGGUUUUCAGCAGAAUAACCUGGAUGGCCAGGAAGAUCCCUCUAUGCCAGGGCCACAACUUCGAUAUAUAUAUGCUUGUCCACCUGCCUCCUCUUGUGUCAGCGGGACCCUGCGAUCGGUGGGCCACGAGGAGACAUGGUGGUGCCAUGGCACCCAGGCACGGGGGCCUGGUUUCUCCUCUCGGUUGGGGAGAUCAGGGGGAGGAUGGGCAUAGGGUAGAUGUGGGUGGGAAAAGGGGUAUGGGUUCUUGGGAGAGGGGCUUUUUGUGGUUUCAUCUGUCCCCAUCCUGCCAGGGCAGGGUGACCUUUGAAGACGUGGCCGUGUACUUCUCCUGGGAGGAAUGGGGUCUCCUUGAUGAGGCUCAGAGAUGUCUGUACCAGGAUGUGAUGCUGGAGAACUUGGCACUUAUAACCUCCUUGGGUUGUAGGCAUGGUGCGGAGGAUGAGGAGGCACCUGAGCGGAAGGUUUCCGUACAAGGCGUGUCCCAGGUCAGGACUUUCAAGGCAGUUGUGUCUCCCCAGAAGGCCCAUUCUCGUGAGGUGUGUGGCCAGGACUUGAGAGACAUUUUGCUCUCCACCGAGCACCAGGCAACACUUUGUGGACAGAAUCUCUACAAGAUUGAGGCAUGUGAGAAACAGUUGUGUUUUGAAGCAAACCUUCAGCACCAGAAGGAGCACAUUGGAGAGAAAUGCUUCAGAGGCAACAUGGCCAGAGCUUCUUUUGUGAAGGACUACAAAUUGUGUGUGUCAGGGAAACCCUUUUCCUGUGGGGUGGUUGAGAGGGACAUCUUGGCCACCUCGAGAUUCUUCCAGCAGCAGGCCACACACAGCAGGGAGAAGUCAUACAGGACGACGGAGUAUGGGGCAUCCUCUCGUGGAAGGAAAGCGCAACGCAACUGGGAAGGCGCAAAGGACUUCACUUGCAAACACACACUUGUUCACCACCAGAGAGACCUCGCUAGAGAGAGAUGCUUCAUGUGCAGUGAAUGUGGGAAAUCUUUUAGCAAAAGCUACAGCCUCAAUGACCACUGGAGAGUGCACACUGGGGAAAAGCCUUAUGAGUGUGGGGAAUGUGGGAAGUCCUUCAGGCAGAGCUCUAGCCUCAUUCAGCACCGGAGAGUUCACACUGGAGCAAGGCCUCACGAGUGUGACGAAUGUGGCAAAUUGUUUAGUAACAAGUCUAACCUCAUUAAACAUCGGAGAAUUCACACUGGGGAACGGCCGUAUGAGUGUAGUGAAUGUGGGAAGUCCUUCAGCGAAAGCUCUGCGCUCCUCCAACACCGCAGUGUUCACACUGGAGAAAGGCCUUAUGAGUGCAGUGAAUGUGGGAAAUUCUUUACCUACCACUCCAGUCUCAUAAAACACCAGAGAGUUCACUCGGGAUCGAGGCCCUAUGAGUGCAGUGAAUGUGGAAAAUCCUUUACUCAAAACUCCAGCCUCAUCGAACACCGUAGAGUUCAUAGUGGAGAAAGGCCUUACAAGUGCAGCGAAUGUGAGAAAUCUUUUAGCCAAAGCUCCGCGCUGCUUCAACAUCGGAGAGUUCACACUGGAGAAAGGCCUUAUGAGUGCAGCGAAUGUGGGAAAUUCUUUACUUACAGUUCCAGUCUCCUCAAACACCAGAGAGUACAUACUGGAUCAAGGCCUUAUGAGUGCAGUGAAUGUGGGAAAUCCUUUACUCAAAACUCCAGUCUCAUUAAACACAGGAGAAUUCACACUGGAGAAAGACCUUACGAGUGCAGCGAAUGUGGGAAAUCCUUUAGCCACAGUUCUAGUCUCAUUAAGCACCGAAAAGUGCACACUGGAGAAAGGGUUUAGGAGGACAGUGACUUUGGGAAACGUUCGCCUCUGUCUUCCAUUUCAGUGCCCAUUCAAAUACUCACACUGAAAACGGCUUUAUGAGUGUUGGAACGUGGGAUAUUCUUUACCUAUGAGUCCAAGCUCCUAAACCACCACAGUGUCUCCUUAGAUGAAGGCCUGUGAAUGUGAAGAAUGUGGGAGAUGGCUAACCAAAGGCUAGCCUCAUUGCUCUCCAGAGAACUCACGGUAGUGAAAGGCCUUACAGAUGCAGUGAAUAUGAGAAAGCCUUCAUCUGAAGGACUUUACCUCAUAGGACUUCACAAAUUUCAAAGGGGAGAACUACCUUAAAUGUGCAGGUAUUUAAUUGAUGAAUGUGACAACACGGGAGGAGAUCCCUUAUGAAGGUGCCAUCUGCCUGUGUUGAAGCUCAUACAGUCAGACAUCUACAUAAAUCCCGGGUAUGUGGCAGCUGCAUUGCAGUCUUUGAACCUGCCCAGGGGCCGUGCCCCAGUGUCAGGGCAAUUGCUGGAUGACUAAUGAAUAGCCUGAGCGCUUACUCCUUCCCCGUUUUUCCUCUCUGAGGAGAGGGCAUGCAUCUCCCCCAGUUUUGUCCUGCGGGACUGUCGGUGAUUUGAAAAGGUGGACGACAUUUUUCAGGAUUGUUACUGUCCUCAUGAGACUCUGUGAUGGCAUUUCCCAGCCUCCAAAUCACCAACCCAGGAACAUUCUGCCUCCCGUUGCUCUUGCUGUAUGACAAUAAAGAUCUUAUUGUUUAAGCCA